AUGAUCGAUCGUAGACAAGCCAACGAACCAAUUUAUUAUGGUGCUGAUCAAUUACAAAAAACAGAUGAAAGUCAAUUACGAAGUCUCGAUGAACGACAUGAUGACUUGAGACAAUUAGAAGAUAAUAUUGUUCAAUUACAUGAAAUUCAUCGUGAUUUUUCUGAACUUGUUAGUGGUCAAAAUCAAUUAAUUGAUAAUAUUGAAGCAGAUGUUGUUAAAACAGAAACUCAUGUCAUGGUUGGUGCUUCUAAUAUAGCUAAAACUGUUCAAUUACAAAGUGCAAUUCGUCGAAAAAAAAUUCUAUGUUGUUCGAUUGUAUUGAUAAUUGUUGCAAUAGGUAUAACUAUUGGUCUUAUAAUUUAUUUUGUUAAAAAACCAAAAUAA